AUGGCGGGGGCGGGUAGUAUCGGCUAUACACAAACACACCGUCUCUACUCAACACUUCCUCCAAAUGCCCGCCUGAACAUCUCCACAGACUACGCUACAACCCCGCUCCUCGCCCACAGUUCCCAAUCUGCUCUACAGAACCCUGAACUCUCUCCCGAAGUACGGAAUGGAACUACAAAGCGAAUGAACCUCUUUCAAUCGAUCAACGAUGCUCUCUCCCUUUCUCUGGCUGAGGACGAUUCGGUUAUCCUCUUCGGCGAAGAUGUUGCUUUCGGUGGGGUCUUUCGAUGCAGUAUGAAGCUUGCGGAGAACUAUGGGAGUGAGAGAGUUUUCAAUACACCAUUGAGUGAACAGGGUAUUGUAGGAUUUGCGAUUGGUGCUGCUGCGGAAGGGAUGAAGGCUGUGGCUGAAAUUCAGUUUGCGGAUUAUGUGUAUCCGGCUUUUGAUCAAUUGGUUAAUGAAGCUGCGAAGUUCAGAUAUAGGGAUGGUACUGAGGGGAGACAUGUUGGAGGACUGACGGUUCGGAUGCCUUGUGGUGGUGUCGGGCAUGGAGCUCUGUGA